AUGGGUGCACAGAUAGUCUCGUCUCCACAAGUGGCUUCUGAUGGAAACAAACAGGGCUUUUAUCCUGCUGAAAACAGACUGGAGGCAAAUCAGCGUAGACUCAGACAUUCCACGUGUUUCCAGACUCCAGUUGCCAUCGAUCAGCCAUCGGCAUCUGUUCCUCCUACAGACCUCAGAUCAGUGUCAGGACUCAAGCUGUUGAUGCGAAGGGGCCUGCCAUGCUCAGAGAGCCUGAUUCUGCAGACGGACAGACAGACUCCUCCACAAGAUUAUCUCUCCGACAGGCUUCUGGAAUGGAAUGACUACAGGAAAUUGUCAAUGCAAUGUAAGGACUUUGUGGUUGGUGUUCUGGAUCUCUGUCGGGACACAGAAGAAGUGGAGGCCAUUCUGAAUGGAGACGUGGACCAGAAUCCCCCUGCAGAGCACCAGAGACCCUGCCUGAGCCGCAUCAAACUGUCCAUCAAAUAUGAAGUCAAGAAGUUUGUAGCUCAUCCGAACUGCCAGCAGCAGCUUCUGACGAUCUGGUAUGAGAAUCUGUCUGGUUUGCGGCAGCAGUCCAUCGGUGUGAAGUGUCUGACGGUGCUGGGCGUCACUGUGGGACUGCCUUUCCUAGCCAUCGCAUACUGGAUCAUGCCCUGCAGCAAGCUGGGUCAGAUCUUACGGAGUCCCUUCAUGAAGUUUGUGGCUCACGCCGUGUCCUUCACCAUCUUUCUGGCUCUGCUGGUUCUGAACGCAUCCGAUCGGUUCGAGGGGGUCAAAAACCUCCCCAACGAGACCAUCACUGACCAUCCACGACAGGUCUUCAGGGUCAAGACCACACAGUUCUCCUGGACAGAGCUGCUCAUCAUGAAAUGGGUUCUGGGCAUGAUCUGGUCGGAGUGUAAGGAGAUCUGGGUUGACGGUCCCCGUGAGUACGUCAUGCACCUCUGGAACGUUCUGGACUUCGGGAUGCUGUCGAUCUUCGUGGCGUCUUUCACCGCUCGUCUCAUGGCGUUUCUGAAAGCGUCUAAAGCUCAGCUCUACGUGGACCUGCACGUCCCAAACCAUGACAUCAGCAACGCAUCACUUCCUGCCGACGUCGCAUACUUCACAUAUGCGAGGAACCGCUGGCGGCCGUCAGAUCCUCAGAUCAUCUCAGAGGGACUGUACGCCAUCGCGGUGGUCCUGAGCUUCUCUAGAAUCGCCUACAUCCUGCCGGCCAACGAGAGCUUCGGGCCGCUGCAGAUCUCUCUGGGACGCACCGUCAAAGACAUCUUCAAGUUCAUGGUGAUCUUCAUCAUGGUGUUCGUGGCCUUCAUGAUCGGCAUGUUCAACCUCUACUCCUAUUACCUGGGAGCCAAAUAUAACCCCGCCUUCACCACGGUCGAGGAGAGCUUUAAGACUCUCUUCUGGUCCAUCUUUGGCCUGUCUGAGGUGAUUUCGGUGGUUCUGAAGUACGAUCAUAAGUUCAUCGAGAACAUCGGUUAUGUUCUGUACGGCGUUUAUAACGUGACCAUGGUGGUGGUUCUGCUCAACAUGCUCAUCGCCAUGAUCAACAGCUCCUACCAGGAGAUAGAGGAAGAUGCUGACGUGGAGUGGAAGUUUGCUCGUGCUAAACUCUGGCUGUCGUAUUUCGAUGAGGGCCGAACGCUGCCUGCUCCCUUUAAUCUGGUUCCCACUCCCAAAUCCUUCUACUACCUGAUCAUCCGCAUCAAAUCCUGCCUGAUACACCUGUGUAAAGGAAAAGCCCACCGGCACGACAGCGAACUGGAGAUGGGCAUGAUCAACUCACGGCAGAAGGUCGAUCGCCAUCGAGUGAAUCUCAGGAGUCGAGAGGAAAGCACUUUAAAGAAACCCAUCAAACACCCCACCAGAUAUCAGAAGAUCAUGAAGCGCUUGAUUAAACGUUAUGUUCUGAAGGCUCAGGUGGACAGAGAGAAUGAUGAAGUCAAUGAAGGUGAGCUGAAGGAAAUCAAACAGGACAUCUCGAGCCUGCGAUAUGAGCUUCUGGAGGAGAAAUCACAGGCCACUGGAGAACUGGCCGACCUCAUUCAACAACUCAGCGACAAGUUCGGCAGAAACGCCAAGAAACAACCUUGAGAAACAGACAGACAGAGAGAGAGAGA